AGGGAACUGGACCCUGACGUCUGUCGUCCUUACAUAAUUAGUGGCCUCGCCACCUUUCAGUGAGCACUGACGCCAUGUCCUCGCUUCCCAAAGAUUCCCUAGAGGCGGUUGCUAGCAUAGUGCUCGUUGCUCUGGGUUGUUGGGCCUUCUAUACCUCGCAUUUGCGGGCAGACGACCGGCCUCCCGGGCCGCGCUCUCUUCCAUUCAUAGGUAAUGCUCAUCAAGUCCCGCUGGAAUAUGCAGAGAAAGCAUUCGCCCAAUGGCAAAGUCGCUACGGAGAUAUUGCCUUCGUCAGCAUCUUCACUCGGCCGACGUUGAUUGUCAAUUCUACAACAGCAGCGCGAGAGCUUCUGGAGAAACGAAGUGCAAAGUACUCGGACAGGCCACCGUCUGUACUCAUGUCAGAUCUGCUGGGAUGGGGUGAUGUUAUACCGACACAACCGAUGGGCGAGCGACUCCGGAAGAUGCGACGAUGGAUCCAUUCCACGUUCUUCGCAAAGCGCUCGCUCAAUGACCUCGGUCACUCCCAAACCAGAGAAGUUCAUACUCUUCUGGGGGGACUCCUGCGCGAGCCGCAGCGAUUUGUAGCACAUCUACACAGAUAUACAUCGUCCCUCGUUCUGGAAGCGAUCUACGGACACGUUGUCAUGUCCGAUGAGGAUGAGUAUCUGACCUAUGCUGACGAUGCUCUCAGGACAGCAACGGAGGUUGCAACGCCGGGAGUUGCGAUAGUAGACUUCCUGCCCUGGUUGCGCUAUCUCCCUACCUGGUUCCCAGGCGCGGGAUUCAAGAUCAUGGCUGCCCAGGCAAAGCCGAAUGUGCAACUCGCACACACCAAGCCAUACGAGCAGGUGGAGAGGCUGAUGGCAGCAGGCGAUGAGAAGCCUUCGAUGGUCAGAUCUCUAAUCGAAGAGUAUGCGUCAAAGGGUACGCUGGCUACGGAGAAGCAAGAUAUCAUGAGUGCCGGAGCUAUAACCUAUGUAGCUGGGGCUGACACGACAGAGUCGGUACUACGUACAUUCAUCCUCGCGAUGGUUCUGCAUCCCGAGGUUUACACCAAAGUGCAAGACGAGGUCGAUCGCGUUGUGGGCAACGACCGUCUGCCGGAGCCCGGUGACAGAAGCUCGCUGCCUUACCUCGAAUGCGUAUUGCGAGAAGUCUAUCGCUGGAACUGCCCCGUACCAUUGGGCAUUCCGCAUAUGCUAAGGGAAGAAGACGUGUACAGAGGCUACCUUCUUCCCAAGAACUGCACGAUUAUCACAAAUCUCUGGUCUAUGGUGCAGGAUGCAGAGAUGUACCCUGAACCGGAGACGUUCCGCCCGGAGCGCUUCUGGGGCCUAUCCGAAGACGAGUUGGAGCGAGUAUGUCCUCGAAAUGUGAUUUUCGGUUUCGGAAGACGUAUUUGCCCUGGCCGCCGAUUCGCUGACGCGAGCAUCUGGCUGGCCAUAGCCGCUAUAACAGCCACCGUGGAUAUACGCAAAGCCCGCGACUCCUCAGGGCAGGAGAUUACUCCUCCGUGUUCCUUCACCUCUGGCGCGGUGAGUCAUGCGAAGGCCUUCGUAUGCUCCAUGACGCCGCGCUCUGCGGCUGCGAGCCUGGUGGCGAGUCUCGCUGCAACGGUGCCAGCGUGAUUAUGCGCGUGUGAUACGUUCUCGAAGUCAAUGAGUAGUGGAGAGUCAGAGUGGUGGAGAGAUCGACGUCUGGUGAAUGGCAGAUCAAUAUGCACGCAAAAAAUGCUCCCAUUGUACAGCAGAGCAAACAUACCGUCAUUUAAUCCAUAGGCAACCAAGCCUCCAACGAAACGAAGCUUACGAUCUGAUUCACGUACGCUCUCCUGGUCUUCGUGCCUUGUGAAGCGUUCCUAUCCAUCAGUGGCCGUCAGGAGAUGGAUAUCCGCAAUUCUGACCUCUCUUGCCUACAUAGCACAC